UGUCGUUUUUGCGAAUUUCUUUCUUAAAUUAAUCGAAGUGUCAGAGAGCCGUGUCCGAGACAAACCCUCCUGACAAGCGCCGCCGCCUCCGCCGCCUCCGCCUCCGCCUCCGUCGAGCUCGGCCGCCGUCGAGUCGUGUCCUUUAAGUCACGGUCGCCGCCCUUGCUGGCCGGCGGCUGUUGGGUCUACUUCUAAACGAAGCUCAACCAUCGAAAUGUCUCAACUGGAUAACAGGCGGGAAGGCAUGGAAGACCUUGAGAGGAAAAAGAAGAAGGAAGAGAAGGCAAGGGAGAAGGAAUUGAAGAAACUCAAGGCUGCUGAAAAAGCAGAGCUUGCUAAACUUAAGGCUCAACAAGGUGCUGACGCCACCAAAAAGAGUGCAAAAAAGAGUAUAAAGCGAGAGACAGGUGAAGAGAAUCCAGGUGAUUAUGUCGACCCAGAGACUCCAUUUGGCGAGAAGAAGAGGCUAUCCCGCCAAAUGGCAAAGCAGUAUAAUCCAAGCGCCGUUGAGAAAUCAUGGUAUGCAUGGUGGGAGAAGUCAGGCUUCUUUGUGGUAGAUGCCAGCAGCCCAAAACCACCAUUUGUAAUUGUUCUUCCCCCUCCAAAUGUGACUGGGGCCCUACACAUUGGCCAUGCCCUCACAUCUGCUAUACAGGACACGAUCAUUCGCUGGAAGAGAAUGUCUGGAUAUAAUGCCUUGUGGGUGCCUGGCAUGGAUCAUGCUGGGAUUGCAACGCAGGUUGUUGUGGAGAAGAAGCUAAUGCGCGAACGUCGUUUGACUAGGCAUGAUAUUGGUCGUGAGAAAUUUGUGUCUGAGGUUUGGAAGUGGAAGGAUGAGUAUGGUGGCACUAUACUAAGGCAACAAAGACGUUUGGGUGCAUCACUCGAUUGGUCCCGUGAGUGCUUUACAAUGGAUGAGAGAAGAUCAAGAGCUGUUACUGAAGCAUUUGUUCGGCUGUUUAAAGAGAGUCUUAUCUAUAGGGAUCUCCGCCUUGUGAAUUGGGAUUGUAUCUUAAGGACCGCAAUAUCUGACAUUGAGGUAGAUUAUGCGGACAUCAAGGAAAGGAAGCUUCUAAAAGUUCCUGGCUAUGAAGAUCCAGUAGAAUUUGGAGUUUUAACUUCAUUUGCUUAUCCACUGGAGGAAGGCCUGGGAGAGAUUGUUGUUGCGACGACGAGAGUGGAGACAAUGCUUGGUGACACUGCUAUUGCAAUUCACCCUGAUGAUAAAAGGUAUAGUCAUCUGCAUGGCAAAUUUGCAAUUAAUCCCUUCAACGGAAGAAGACUUCCCAUCAUUGGUGAUGCAAUUCUUGUUGAUCCAAGUUUUGGGACCGGUGCUGUCAAGAUCACUCCAGCACAUGAUCCAAAUGAUUUUGAGGUUGGAAGGCGUCAUAAUCUUGAGUUUAUCAACAUUUUCACUGAUGAUGGGAGAAUAAACAGCAAUGGUGGUUCAGAGUUUGUCGGGAUGCCACGCUUUAAGGCCCGUCAAGCUAUUACUGUGGCACUGCAGGAGAAGGGACUAUAUAGAGGUUCUAAAAACAAUGAGAUGAGGCUUGGCCUUUGUUCAAGGACCAAUGAUGUAGUGGAACCGUUAAUAAAGCCACAGUGGUAUGUGAAAUGCAGUGGCAUGGCAAAGCAAGCUCUUGAUGUGGCCAUGGAUGCUGAGAAUAGAAAGCUCGAAAUUAUUCCUAAACAGUAUACUGCUGAUUGGAAAAGAUGGCUUGAGAAUAUACGUGAUUGGUGCAUCUCGAGGCAGCUGUGGUGGGGUCACCGGAUCCCAGCGUGGUAUGUCACUCUGGAAGACGAUGAACUGAAGGAACUUGGCGCGUACAAUGAUAACUGGAUAGUUGCAAAAGAUGAGAGCGAAGCUCGAACAGAGGCCAGCAAGAAGUAUGCUGGGAGGAAAUUUGAUUUGUGCCAAGAUCCUGAUGUACUUGAUACUUGGUUUUCAGCUGGACUUUUUCCAUUGACUGUCCUCGGAUGGGCAGACGAUACAGAAGAUUUGAAGACAUUUUAUCCUACUUCUGUCCUUGAGACUGGCCAUGAUAUUCUCUUUUUCUGGGUUGCCCGAAUGGUGAUGUUGGGAAUUAAACUGGGAGGAGAUGUACCUUUCAGGAAGGUUUAUCUGCAUCCCAUGAUACGUGAUGCCCAUGGCCGAAAGAUGUCAAAGUCUUUAGGAAAUGUCAUCGAUCCCCUUGAAGUAAUUAAUGGCAUAAGCCUAGAAGGUCUUCAUAAGAGAUUGGAGGAGGGCAAUUUGGACCCUAAUGAACUGACUGUUGCCAAAGCAGGACAGGUCAAAGACUUCCCCAAUGGUAUUGCUGAAUGUGGUGCUGAUGCUCUCCGAUUCGCACUUGUAUCUUAUACGGCUCAGUCUGACAAAAUAAAUCUGGAUAUCCAAAGAGUUGUUGGAUAUCGUCAAUGGUGCAACAAAUUGUGGAAUGCUGUUCGAUUUGCUAUGACCAAACUUGGAGACAAUUUUGUCCCCCCAGUGGAAGUACAUCCAGAAACUAUGCCAUUUAGCUGCAAAUGGAUAAUAUCUGUGCUGAACAAGGCUAUAUUGAAAACCAUGUCAUCUCUUGAAUCAUACGAAUUUUCAGAUGCAGCCACCGCAGUAUAUUCAUGGUGGCAAUAUCAGUUCUGUGAUGUUUUUAUUGAAGCAAUCAAGCCUUACUUUGCUGCUGAGGAUCCCACAUUUUCCUCUGAAAGGAAGUCUUCACAAGAAGUUUUGUGGUUAUGCUUGGAAACUGGGUUACGGUUGCUUCAUCCUUUCAUGCCAUUUGUUACUGAAGAAUUGUGGCAGCGCCUGCCUUCUGCAAAGGACGGUGAUAGAAAAGAAUCAAUUAUGAUGUGUGAUUACCCAUCCCCUGUAGAGUGCUGGACAAAUGAAAGGGUGGAGCUUGAGAUGGAUCUCAUUGAGUCUACAGUAAAAUCCCUUAGGUCACUAAGGUCAGAGGGUCUUACAAAGCAUAAGAAUGAAAGGCUACCUGCUCAUGCAUAUUGCCAAAGUGAGGAAAUAGCAAACAUCAUUAAAAGCCAUGAAUUGGAGAUUGCAACUCUUGCUGCUUUAUCUUCAUUAGAGGUUAUGUUGAGUGGAAAAGACGUUGCUCCAGCAAGAUGUGCUUUUGAGAAUGUGAAUGAAAAUCUCAAAGUGUAUCUUAAGGUUCAAGGAGAACUUAAUGCAGAAGCAGAGCGUCAGAAGAUCAAGAAUAAGAUGGAAGAGAUUCAAAAGCAGCAAGAGAAACUCAAGAAGACCAUCAAUGCAUCUGGCUAUGAACAAAAGGUCCCAGUUCACAUCCAGGAAGAGAAUGCCGCGAAGCUGGCUAAACUCAUCCAAGAAUUUGAAUUUUUCCAGAAGGAGAGCUCAAGAUUAGAAGCUGUCAAUGGAUGCACUUAAACCAAUUUGGCAGGUUUUCUCAUUCUUUGCUACCCCACAAAGCCGAGUGACCGCGACAAGAAGCCCGAUGUGACGAAAAAGUGGAAAAGGAUUUUGUGAGGCUGAUUCAGUAUUGAAACCCUGGCUAGGACCGGGAGAUUUUCUUGCAGGUUUGUUAUCUUUUGUAUCCUUAAGUACGGUACACAGUCUUAGGUGGCUUAUACACAAAGAAUUACUUUUGCACGAAUCCAUGUCGGGUAUUUGUUCCCUGAGGAGGUGUUCCUCGAAUGGGGGAAGUGCAUUUGGAGGUCUACUCUGUACAGGUGUUCACCCUAAUUUCAGGAGAAAGAAUGCUGUUAAAAAUAGAUAAUAUUAUCGAAUUGGAAAUAA